CAAACUGAGGUGCAACAACAUCAACUAACCCCCACUGAACAGCGCGACUGUGAUCUCAUUGGUCAGCUCAUACACUCCUACUUCCAGAUUGUUCGUAAAAAUAUCCUCGAUACGGUGCCCAAGGCUAUUAUGAACUUUUUGGUGAACUACGUGAAGGACAACCUGCAAUCAGAGUUAGUGAGCAAGUUAUACAAGAGCGAGGAGUGUGACGAACUCCUGAAGGAGAGCGAACAUGUUGCCCAACGGCGACGGGAGGCGGCUGAAAUGCUCAAGCUACCGGCUUUCGGUAUUGCCAUCGUCAAAUUCCGACGACUGCGUCGAACUAAUAAUGAUGAUGAUGUAAAAAUUCGCAAGUGA